AUGAGUGUAUUUUUGACAGGCAUGGUGCGCUGCGAUACGGCUGUGGGAACCCCCGACUACAUAUCGCCCGAAGUUCUGAAGUCGCAAGGGGGUGAUGGUUACUAUGGACGGGAAUGCGACUGGUGGUCUGUAGGAGUUUUCCUCUUUGAGAUGCUAGUUGGCGAUACUCCUUUUUAUGCAGACUCAUUAGUAGGAACAUACAGUAAAAUUAUGGAUCAUAAGAACUCAUUACAUUUCCCAGAUGAUGUGGAAAUCUCUAAGCAUGCGAAGAACCUUAUCUGUGCCUUUUUAACUGACAGGGAUGUGCGACUUGGGAGGAAUGGGGUAGAAGAAAUAAAGCAUCACCCUUUCUUCAAGAGUGAUCAGUGGAAUUGGGACAACAUUCGAGAGACUGCUGCUCCUGUUGUUCCUGAGCUUAGCAGUGAUAUAGAUAGCAGUAAUUUCGAUGACAUUGAGGAUGACAAGGGAGACGUGGAAACCUUUCCAAUCCCCAAAGCCUUCGUGGGAAACCAGCUGCCUUUUAUAGGAUUUACCUACUAUAGAGACAAUUUGUUGCUAAGUGACUCCUCUCAGUCUUGCAGAGAAAAUGAAUCUGUGCAAUCUAGUAAAAAUGAGGACAGCAAGGAGUUUCAGAAAAAACUAAGCAAGCUAGAAGAACAGCUCAGUAACGAAUUACAAGCCAAAGAUGAACUAGAACAGAAGUACAGGUCUACUAAUACUCGUUUAGAGAAGAUAGUAAAAGAGCUAGAUGAAGAGAUAACUUCAAGGAAGAAUGUAGAAUCUGCAGUCAGACAGUUAGAAAGAGAGAAGGCUCUUCUUCAGCAUAAGAAUACAGAAUACCAGAGAAAAGCAGAACAUGAAGCAGAUAAGAAACGCAAUUUGGAAAAUGAGGUUAACAGUUUGAAAGACCAACUUGAAGAUUUAAAAAAGAGGAAUCAAAACUCUCAAAUAUCCAAUGAGAAAAUCAAUCAACUACAAAGACAGUUGGAUGAAGCCAAUUCUUUGCUACGGUCAGAGUCUGAUACUGCAGCCAGGUUAAGAAAGAACCAGACAGAAAGCACGAAGCAAAUCCAGCAGCUGGAAGCUAAUAAUAGAGAACUACAAGAUAAGAACUGCCUGCUAGAGAAUGCGAAACUCAAACUGGAGAAGGACUUUCUCAAUCUUCAGUCAGCUCUAGAAUCAGAAAGGAGAGAUAGAAGUCAUGGAUCAGAGAUUAUCAGUGAUUUACAAGGUCGAAUAUCUAGCCUCGAAGAAGAAGUAAAAAAUGGGAAGAGUGCAUUAGCCAAACUGGAAAUGGAGAAGAGACAACUGCAGGAAAAACUCACAGAUUUAGAGAAGGAAAAGAGCAACAUGGAAAUAGAUAUGACAUAUAAAUUCAAAGUUAUGCAACAGAACCUUGAACAAGAAGAAGCUGAACAUAAAGCCACAAAAGCACGAUUAGCAGAUAAAAAUAAGAUCUAUGAAUCUAUAGAGGAAGCAAAAUCUGAAGCCAUGAAAGAAAUGGAGAAGAAACUUUUGGAAGAGAGAGCUUUAAAGCAAAAAGUAGAAAAUCGGUUGUUAGAAGCUGAAAAGCAGCGCUCCAUGUUGGACUGUGAUCUCAAACAAUCGCAACAGAAAAUCAAUGAGCUCCUUAGACAAAAGGAUAUACUAAAUGAAGAUGUAAAAAACCUGACAUUAAAAAUAGAGCAAGAAACGCAAAAGCGCUGUCUCACUCAAAAUGACCUCAAGAUGCAAACGCAACAGGUCAACACCUUGAAAAUGUCAGAGAAGCAGUUAAAGCAGGAGAAUAACCAUCUUCAGGAAAUCAAAUUAAGUCUGGAAAAACAAAAUAACGAACUCCGCAAGGAACGUCAAGAUGCAGAUGGACAAAUGAAAGAGCUUCAAGACCAACUUGAAGCUGAGCAGUAUUUCUCGACUCUUUACAAGACGCAAGUUCGAGAACUUAAAGAAGAAUGUGAGGAAAAGACAAAACUUUGUAAAGAAAUGCAGCAAAAGAUACAAGAGUUACAGGAUCAGAGAGAUUCCUUGGCUGCUCAGCUAGAGAUUACUUUGACAAAAGCAGAUUCAGAACAACUUGCACGUUCCAUCGCUGAAGAACAGUACUCUGAUUUGGAAAAAGAGAAGAUUAUGAAAGAGCUGGAGAUUAAAGAGAUGAUGGCUAGGCAUAAACAGGAACUUACUGAGAAAGAUGCCACCAUAGCCUCUUUGGAGGAAGCAAAUAGGACACUAACUAGUGAUGUGGCUAAUCUUGCUAAUGAGAAAGAAGAACUAAACAAUAAACUGAAGGAAGUACAAGAACAAAUUACAAAGCUAAAAGAAGAAGAAGCAAAUAUAGGAAAUAUUAAAGCACAGUUUGAGAAACAGUUGUUGAAUGAAAGAACACUGAAAACCCAGGCUGUGAAUAAAUUGGCUGAGAUCAUGAAUCGGAAGGGUCCAGUCAAACGUGGAGCUGACACUGAUGUACGGCGGAAGGAGAAGGAAAAUAGGAAACUGCAUAUGGAACUGAAGUCUGAACGAGAAAAGUUAACCCAAAUGAUGAUCAAGUAUCAGAAGGAAAUCAACGAAAUGCAGGCACAAAUAGCAGAAGAGAGUCAGAUACGGAUUGAGCUGCAGAUGACUCUGGACAGCAAAGACAGUGACAUUGAACAGCUUCGGUCACAGCUACAGUCAUUACACAUUGGUCUAGACAACAGUAGCAUAGGCAGUGGACCUGGAGAUGCUGAGGCAGAUGAUGGAUUCCCUGUCCAUAUCACUCAAUCCCACACUAUGGAAUCCAUGUCUUUUACCUACAAGCACUCUUCUACCUCUGUCAGUAUUGCCACUAAGCCUUCCAGUUCUCGCAUGCUUCUCGAUUCUGAUUCUGACUCAGAGGAAGAACCUUUGUCUUGUUCCCACAGCCCUACAGAAGUUGAUAGCACAGAAUCAAGAUUGGAAGGCUGGCUAUCACUGCCUGUUAGAAAUAACACUAAAAAAUUUGGAUGGGUUAAAAAGUACGUAAUUGUGAGCAGUAAGAAGAUCCUGUUCUAUGACAGUGAACAAGAUAAAGAACAAUCUAAUCCCUAUAUGGUAUUAGAUAUAGACAAACUCUUCCAUGUUCGACCAGUCACUCAGACUGAUGUGUACAGAGCAGACGCCAAGGAAAUUCCUAGGAUAUUCCAGAUUCUAUAUGCUAAUGAAGGAGAGAGCAAAAAGGAACAGGAAUUUCCCGUAGAGCCCAUGGGAGAGAAGUCAAAUUACAUUUGUCACAAAGGACAUGAGUUUAUACCCACACUUUAUCACUUUCCAACCAAUUGUGAAGCUUGUAUGAAGCCACUGUGGCAUAUGUUUAAACCUCCUCCUGCUCUAGAAUGUCGCCGUUGCCAUAUCAAAUGUCACAAAGAUCAUAUGGAUAAAAAAGAAGAGAUUAUAGCACCUUGCAAAGUGUACUAUGAUAUUUCAACGGCAAAGAAUCUACUACUGUUAGCUAAUUCUACGGAAGAACAGCAAAAAUGGGUGAGCCGACUGGUGAAAAAAAUACCCAAGAAGCCUCCAGCACCAGACCCCUUUGCUCGAUCUUCUCCCAGAACUUCCAUGAAGGUACAACCAAACCAGUCCAUCAGACGACCAAGUCGACAGCUUCCUCCAAACAAACCAAGCUAACUGCUUUCCGUGAAUGCAGACACAGUUCAAGGUGAUAAUUUUCUUCCCGUUACGGCAAGACUGAAACAUAUCCCAAAAUAUAUUAAAAAUAUAUAUUUUCCUGAGAGAUUGUGCUAUAUAUAUCAGAGGUUUACAUUUUUGCUGCAAUAUAAAUUACUAAUCUCUGAGGGUUUUCCUGUAUUCUCCUGAGUGACUGAUCAAAUGAGGAAUGGUUGGUAAAUAGUAAAAGGAUAUGUUAGGUAGCCUUUUAAACUCUGUUCCACAAAAGCUUCCUUGGCAAGACACAUACACUACAUUUCAUAAAAGAAUUGAGAGGAAUGAAUAUUAAAACGGAAGAAACUGACUUUCCAGCUUUCGUAAAGAUGCCACCAGCAUGUCUGCAAGAAGAACAGGAAGAAGAUCCACCACAGUGAUAUAGACUGCAUCUGUAAGAAGUGACCAUUAUACUGUGUAUAUAUAUUGUACUGUAAUACCGCAAGAGGGUUUUAAAAAUCUUUCCACUUUAUUUUUUUAUGCUUAUUAAUCAGAUACCGUUACUUAUUGCAGUUGCAACUAUGCACUUGUAUAAAGCCAUAAUGUUGAAGUUUAUAUCAUUCAUACACGUCUAUCAGAAGCUGCAUGUCAAUGUUCAGCAGCUAGUAUAAGUUUGAAGUGUAUACUAGUUUCAGCUACAUCAUCAUGGGCAGUCCUGUUUUACCCGUCUAAUUGCCUUAAUUUAAUUUUUUUCAAGUUUUUUGCCCAUUUUCUCUAUUUAAGGAAAAAAGAAGGUUUACCAGUUCUUAGGAUGCAAUUUUGCUUUGUGGCAGAAAAAAUAGUGCACUAUUUUUACACCUAGUAAGUAUAUCAAUGUCAGCAUAUUUUGAAUGUAUAUCGACUGGUUUUAAGGGUGGAGAAGUGUUGGUUACAGAUACACUGUCUGAUACCGUUGGAAUUACUAGACCGUUUGCUUGUAACUGCUCAUCCAGCCCUUUUUACAAACCUCAAUAUUAGUUAUUGACUUAUAUUAACCCUCAUUAAGUGCUAUGAAACUUCAUUUUGCCUUGUUUUUGCAUACUCUCCUAGAUGUGUUUUUUAUUUCUGGAAAAAAAAAAAAAAAAAAGAAUCUGUGACUAUUUUUACAUUUCGCAACACGAUAUCCAAGGACUGUCACAAACAUUAAGUAAAACAUACUGUAGAUGUAUUUUAAAAUUUUAAAUCUGGUUCUCUAGCACAUAGCUGUAGGUAUAGGUAAAUAUUUCAGUCGUGUGUUUUGAGAACUGAUAGCUGGGAAGAAAGGGCCUCUGAGGCACUUAAUCUGACUUUUUUUUUUUUUUUUUUAACUUGGAGUUGUACAAAAAUAUAAUUUAUGUGGGCUCAUUCAUGAUGUGUUCAUAAUUGUCCCAGAAAAUGCAUGUUUUAUACAACUACAGUAUGCAAAGUUAAACAUAUUGACAGUAAAAAAUGUAGUCUCCUAUUUGGUCUCUUUAUAUAUAUAAAUAUAU